ACAAGUGGAAAAUAUACGCGAUUUUAUUUUCAUUCAAACUUAAAGCAAUUAGAAAGCGAUGUGAUUUCACUACAUUAGAUUAAUGAAAAUUAACUACCGAUGUAGCUAUGAUGUUUCAUGAAAAUAAUCGGGCGAAGUGUUGACAUGAGAGAAAGGCGAUAACUAAAAUAUAUCAUCCUCAGACAUUGUUGCUUCCGCUCUGUUCGCUCAGGUGACUUUCUGACACUGACAUAGACAUUUCUGCUGCUGUUGGGUAUAGGAUUAUUCUCUUCAAGGUAUGCAAUAAUUUUAAACAAACACUUGCGUUUAUCCUGUAAGACAUGCUCCUCGUUUGUAGUAAAUUGACUACUCGUGUAACUGCUUGUUUUUAGGCUGUAGGCCUUGUAAUGCCUCGGUCUGUAGUCGCUCUGUGAAUCGGUCAAGACUCGCUCAAGAUCCAUUGGAAUUGGGAGCUCCGAAGAGCAUGAGAGACGAUACAUUGUAGUCUAAAAGCACUGUCUAUGACCACCGUGGGGUGGGCUGGAGACAUGCACCCACCAUCAACGAAGGACUUUGUGUCUUUAACCCUCACUGGACAUGCAAGUGGCAACUAUAAUAACAGUAAACAGUGGAGAAGACAGUCCUGCUGGAGGAAAUGGAAACAGUUAUCGAGAUUGCAGCGCAACCUAAUCCUCUUCACCGUAGCUCUCAUGUUAGUUUGUGGGAUUGCUGCUUAUCCCAGUGUCACAGAACAUUUCCAAGGCCUUACUGUUGUUGCGAAGGAGGAAGGGGACCAUGCUCUGAAAGCUGUCAUCCCUGAGGUCCUACCUGAGUCAGACAAACUGAACCAACCGCUAGUACCAGAGCCACCUUCAGAGAAGCAGAAGAGGGCACCCUACAAGCGGGGGCCACCCGGCCUGCAGAACCGCCUGCAAAAUAAAGGGAACGUGUCAGAUACCCAGGUGGAGAAAGAGGAGGGAGAGAAGCCACUUGUUAACUGGCGUGGGGCCAUGAUUGACCAAGCUGCUGAAAGAGGAACUGCCAAGGAAGCAGAGAACAAGGUGGAUGUCCCAGCGGUUGAGCAAGAGGUCCACUCUCACAAGGAGCCAGAAGUCGAUAGGCUUGAGGCAGUACGUGAUGCUUUCAGACAUGCAUGGAAGGGCUACAAAGAGUUUGCCUGGGGCAAAGAUGAACUGAGGCCCGUGUCUAAGUCCUAUGGAGAGUGGUUUGGCCUGGGCUUGACCCUAAUUGAUGCACUGGACACCAUGUGGAUCCUCAACCUCAAAAAAGAGUUUGAGGAGGCUAAGACCUGGGUGUCCACAGAGCUGUCCUUCAAUAAGAACGUGGACGUGAACCUGUUUGAGAGCACCAUCCGUAUCCUGGGCGGCUUGCUGAGUACUUACCAUCUGACUGGAGACACUCUGUUCCUGGACAAGGCUAAAGAUAUAGGAACGAGGUUAAUGCCUGCCUUCAACACCCCGUCCAAGAUCCCCUACUCAGAUGUGAACAUUGGGAAGGGUACGGCCCACCCCCCUCGAUGGACAUCGGACAGCACUGUUGCUGAGGUCACCAGCAUCCAGCUGGAAUUUAGGGAGCUGAGUCGCCUCACUCAGGACACACGCUACCAGGCUGCAGUGGAUGAGGUCAUGCAGAAAGUCCACAAGCUGGAGGGGAAGCAGGACGGCCUUGUCCCCAUGUUCAUCAACACCAACAGCGGCCAGUUUACCCAUUUGGGGAUGUUCACGCUGGGCGCACGGGCAGACAGCUACUACGAAUACCUCCUCAAACAGUGGAUCCAGGGAGGCAAGAAGGAGACAGAUUUGCUGGAGGAUUACCUGCAAGCCAUGGAGGGAGUGAAGAAGAACCUGCUGAGGAAGUCCUCUCCGAACAGGCUGACCUUCGUAGGGGAGCUUUCCCAUGGCCAGUUCAGCCCCAAAAUGGAUCAUCUGGUGUGUUUCCUCCCUGGGACCCUGGCUCUAGGGGCCUACCACGGCCUGCCAGCGGACCACAUGGAGCUGGCCAAGCAGCUGAUGGAGACUUGCUACCAGAUGUAUGCCCAGAUGGAGACUGGCCUGAGCCCUGAGAUUGUCCACUUUAACAUGCACGAGGGCAGCAUCAGAGAUGUAGACGUGAAGCUUGCAGACAGACACAACCUCCUGCGCCCUGAGACGGUGGAGAGCCUAUUCUAUCUGUACAGGUUCACUAAAGACAGGAAGUAUAGGGACUGGGGCUGGGAGAUUCUCCAAAACUUCAACAAGUACACGAAGGUUUCUACUGGUGGCUACACGUCCAUCAACAACGUACGGGACCCAGAGUACCCCAGCCCCCGGGACAAGAUGGAGAGUUUCUUCCUGGGGGAGACUCUCAAAUACUUCUACCUGCUGUUCUCAGAUGACCCGGAGCUGGUCAGUCUGGACAAGUAUGUGUUCAACACAGAGGCCCACCCCCUGCCCAUCUGGCCCACUGCAGAGUGAGAGAUACACAGGGCAAGUCAACGUGACGCACAUAUACAGUAAUACAUCACAGCUCAGGGCUUGGCUAACACCAAGAUAUCUUGUUAUUCCUUUUUAAAUAUCUCAGUGACUCAAGUUUGGGUCGGUUUACCCUCUCCCAAUUUGAAAACUCUGGAAAAAUGCCUAUUUUUAAAAGCCGGAAUUCAUUGUUUGUUUAGUGAUUGUUAUAUCCAUGGGGGAUAUCAGCAGUGUUGGGGUGAGAUUGAGGUAUAGUAGCUUUGUUCUCUUUCUGUUCUCGCCACAUUGCUGGUGCGGGGCCUGUCUGUCCUCUGAUAAUGACAGUUGUUUAGUCUGAAGGAAGAGUGGAAAACAUGAGAGCCAGCCAAGCUGUGUCCUUGGCUGAUCGUGGUUAUUUCGUGCACCAACACUAGAACAUAUGAGCGUGACUGGUCUCCAAGCUGUGUCUUAGUCGGAGGCAGCAGCAGCCUGAGAGGAAGUGCUAGUUUGGCAGAAUACGGCGCUAAGUGACCAAGUCCCUAUCAUGGAAUGAUAUAGUAUACUAUGGUAUAAAUCACUGUAGUGUAUACUGUAGUAUUUACAGUUAGCUAUAUUAUAAAUACUGUAGUAAAGGAAAACAGUAGUAUACUGUUGUAUUUACUAUAGUGUUUUUGUUUUAUUAUCAUUGACAUAGAAGGGGAGGCUUUCUCCUUCAGGAAACCUACUGGAGAAAUACUAAUGAAGCACAUUUUCCAUAACCUGGCUGGGGUCUGAAUGGAGAGUUCAGUGCAUCUACUCUUUUCUAUAACCUGUAGGGAACACAAUCUAUGAUCUAUACAUGGCAUGUAGGUUUCUCACUUAUGGGUGGCACAAAUUGCAUUCUUAAGAAAUGGUUUAUAAAGAUUUUGAAAAGAGAAUCAGUCAUGUCAGGCAUAGAAUAGUCUGAUUUAAUUGCAUACUGUGAACCUUUAUGUGUAUGGGGACUGCAAGCACUUAUUGUUUCAUUUCCUUGUGUUUGAAUUCGACUGACUCAGCUGCUAUUAUAUUUAAUGAAUAUUACGUUUUCUUUUUCCUUAUUUGUCAUUAUUUCCUUUAUGUUGUGGUGUCAAACUAGUGCAAGUUGGAGUGGAAAUGUGGGUAGUUUUAGUUAUACCAAUAUGUUUGUGAGAUUUAAGCUGAAUUUAGUUAAUAUAAUUUGAAUUAAUUUGUAGUUUAUUGUGGUAUACUACAGUGCCUUCAGAAAGUAUUCAUACCCCUUGACUUAUUCCACAAUUUGUUGUUACAGUCUGAAUU